AUGAAGACCUUAUUCUUAUUAGGACUUCUUGUCCUUAGCGCCUACGCCGAAGAAGAAGAGGCAGCGACUGAGAAAAAAGAGACUAAAUAUGGAACAAUUAUUGGUAUCGAUUUGGGAACAACUUAUUCAUGUGUCGGAGUUUUCAAGAAUGGACGUGUCGAAAUUAUUGCCAACGAUCAAGGAAACCGUAUCACACCAUCAUAUGUUGCCUUCUCUGGAGAACAAGGAGAACGAUUGAUCGGAGAUGCUGCCAAGAAUCAGCUCACCAUCAACCCAGAAAACACCAUCUUCGACGCCAAGAGAUUGAUCGGAAGAGAUUACAAUGACAAGACUGUUCAAGCUGAUGUCAAACUCUGGCCAUUCAACGUAAGUUAAAACUUCAGAUUCAUUUCAGAUCUCGUAUACAAAACAAUUUUCCAGGUUAUUGAUCGUUCAAACAAGCCACAUGUCCAAGUCAAAGUUGGAGCCGAACAAAAACAAUUCAGCCCAGAAGAAGUUUCCGCUAUGGUUCUCGUCAAGAUGAAGGAAAUCGCCGAAUCAUACCUCGGAAAGGAAGUCAAGAACGCCGUCGUCACUGUUCCAGCCUACUUCAACGACGCUCAACGUCAAGCUACCAAGGAUGCCGGAACCAUCGCUGGAUUGAAUGUUGUUCGUAUCAUCAACGAGCCAACUGCUGCCGCUAUCGCCUACGGACUUGACAAGAAAGAAGGUAAGUAGGAAAAAAAAUACAGAUUAUUUGUUUGACCGACCGAUCGACGGUUAUGAGCAAACAAAGGUCACUGACUGGUACGCCGACUUACUGUUUGCUCAAACCAGUUCUAAAAAAACAGUGCGGCGGAUAAGUAUAUUUAUCUUGAAUUAGAAUUAAACUUUGAGAGUCAAGUGCAAGAAUUUAUUGUUUUCAGGAGAACGCAACAUCCUCGUUUUCGAUCUUGGAGGUGGUACUUUCGAUGUUUCUAUGCUCACCAUUGACAAUGGAGUUUUCGAAGUUCUUGCUACCAACGGAGACACUCACUUGGGAGGAGAAGAUUUCGAUCAACGUGUUAUGGAAUACUUCAUCAAAUUGUACAAGAAGAAAUCUGGAAAGGAUCUCCGUAAAGACAAGAGAGCCGUCCAAAAACUCCGUCGUGAAGUCGAAAAGGCAAAGAGAGCCCUCUCCACUCAACAUCAAACCAAGGUCGAAGUCGAAUCACUUUUCGAUGGAGAAGACUUCUCUGAAACUCUUACCCGUGCCAAAUUCGAGGAACUCAACAUGGAUCUCUUCCGUGCCACCCUUAAGCCAGUCCAAAAAGUUCUUGAAGAUUCUGACUUGAAGAAGGAAGAAGUUCACGAGAUUGUUCUUGUCGGAGGAUCAACCCGUAUUCCAAAGGUUCAACAACUCAUCAAGGAAUUCUUCAACGGAAAGGAACCAUCCCGUGGUAUUAACCCAGAUGAAGCUGUUGCUUACGGAGCCGCCGUUCAAGGAGGAGUUAUCUCAGGAGAAGAAGAUACCGGAGAAAUUGUUCUUCUUGAUGUCAAUCCAUUGACCAUGGGAAUUGAGACCGUCGGAGGAGUCAUGACCAAAUUGAUCUCGAGAAACACUGUCAUCCCAACCAAGAAAUCACAAGUCUUCUCGACUGCCGCUGAUAACCAACCAACUGUCACCAUCCAAGUCUUCGAAGGAGAACGUCCAAUGACCAAGGAUAACCAUCAACUCGGAAAAUUCGAUUUGACCGGAAUCCCACCAGCACCAAGAGGAGUUCCACAAAUCGAAGUUACCUUCGAAAUUGAUGUCAACGGUAUCCUCCACGUUACUGCUGAAGAUAAGGGAACUGGAAACAAGAACAAGAUCACCAUUACCAACGAUCAAAACAGAUUGAGCCCCGAAGACAUCGAAAGAAUGAUUAACGAUGCGGAGAAAUUCGCUGAAGAUGACAAGAAGGUCAAAGAAAAGGUAAUAGAUUUUAAUGAAUAACAACAUGUUUAAUAAUAAUGAUAUUUUUCCAGGCCGAAGCCCGUAACGAACUCGAAUCAUACGCCUACAACCUCAAAAACCAAAUAGGAGAUAACGAGAAACUCGGAGGAAAACUUGAUGAAGACGACAAGAAGACCAUCGAAGAAGCCGUCGAUGAGGCUAUCUCAUGGUUGGGAUCUAACGAAGAUGCUUCAGCUGAAGAUCUCAAAGAACAAAAGAAGGAAUUGGAAGGAAAGGUCCAACCAAUCAUCAGCAAACUCUACAAGGAUGGCGAAGGAGGUGCUGCCCCAGAAGAAGGAGCUGAUGAGAAGGAUGAACUCUAA